CAAGAAAAACAAACGAUUAGUCACACAGGGCAYCCCUCAUGAUCUGAUUCAUCUCAAUUCCUGUCAAAACUGAAUGAAAUUUGAUAACAUUAGCCACUGGACAAGGUUUAUAUUUUACUAACUUCAUUUGACAAGGCAGCGCUGUGUUAAAUAACAAUGCACUCAAGCCGUUUACCAACAAAACAAUCCAUUCGUCCCGGCAUGCGAGCAAAAGGUACGUCCAGUACAUGCACAAGAAGUAGUGCACAAAGCAUGUCCAGUCUCUGGGACAAUAAAGGACAUUUGAAGUAUAGAAAAUGGAGAGAGCURGUAGCCCAGGCCAAAGCUACAUUUCUAGAGGAAAGCCACUCGCCUGGAAGAUCAAGAGCUCCUGUAUUCAUUUCUAAAGUGAAGACAGACUCUGAUAGCAAUGAUCACAUUCAUGAAGUCAAGAUUUGUGUAGAUAAAUGGAAGACGACUUUAUUGGAAAUCAAGGAAAGAAGRGCUGACUUUAAGCCUCUAGAAGCGUUCAGAAGGAUUGUUAGAAUAGUACGAACCAUACUCAAAGUCGCCAACGCYUUAAAAAGCGAUCCUAAGCGUGAUCUUGGUGAAGGAAUAUGUAAAUCUUAUCUCGAAAUGAUGGAAGGUUAUAUGAUGAUGAAGAAUAAGACAUUUGUCACCAGUCUUCCUGCAGACACUGGUCCCGGUCUGUUUGACCCGAAUCUAUUUAAAGCUAAUAAAGAGAUUCAGAUCAGUAAGGAAGUUAGAAACAUUCUAAAUUUGAGAUUUGAAGAGAGGACACCGGACCAGCUUCAAACGUUGCUGUAUGCCUGCCAAACGCUUUCAGCAUUCGCCGAGCUACCAAUACACAUGCAGGAGGCUAUUUGUAAAGUAGCAUGGCAUCAAAGUCUUUCAGAAAACAAGAUUAUAGUGAAACAGGGACAUUUUGCUGAAAACUUUUAUUUUAUUAUGUCGGGGACAGUGACGGUUUUAUCAGAAAACGAUCCAACUGCCGAUGGGCCUUUUACUUCCCUCGCCACGUUAAGAAGAGGACACAGUUUUGGGGACACAGCGAUUUUAAAGCGAUGUCCACGAACGGCCACAGUYGUCUCGAAAGACCCUGUACAAUUAUUAGUCAUAGCAAGAGAGGACUAUCAAAGAAUUUUUAUGGGACGAAGUAAAAAUGGUGAAGAACCUUCACACAUUAAGUUUUGCAGAACUCUGGAUUUUCUAACAGCKUUUCCUGUGGAUUUGUUAAUUGAUAACACAGCUAACUGUAUGUUUCAUUACUUCAGGCGAGGUACCGUUAUCGUCAAAGACAGUCGUGCAUCAGAGUGGGUGUACAUCGUUGUCUCGGGCAUGUGUGAAGUYCUGUUAACCUUAGAAGGCGUCACUCCAAAGCUUACGGGUAAACAAAUAGACGCUGGAGUUUCACAAGUAGAAAUGCUGGCAUAUUUGACAGAAGAUCGUUUUUGUAAAAGCCAGUAUUCGUACAGCUCACCAARCAAACGAAGAACAGGAUGGGAUGAAAAAAUAAAAGAGAGUCCAAGUUUGUGUCAAAUUCCAAAUGGUAGUAUAAUAAGGAUGGGAAGUUCAAUAUCCAAUAAGACCAAUAAACGAUUUGUCAAGUCAGCUGUCAAUGACAGUAAUAGACGUUCWGUGAAGUCAGCAAAUAGUGACGCUAAUAGAAGAUCUGUCAAGUCAGCUUUKAGUGAGACUAGUAAUAGACGAUGUGUUAAGUCCGUCCUCAGUGAAUCUGCUAUCACAACAAUUUCAUUAUCAUCUACAUUAGAAGAUUCAAACAGCCAGGCAACACUUAACACCAGUUUGUAUCCUGUCACUGAAUUCAAAAUUAAGAAAAGCAWGCAGCCAAAGAAACCAGUAUUUGUGAGAAUUGACUUUUUACAUCCAAGAAGUGCAUUUGGACUGUCAAAUUUGGAUUUUGACAAUACUGGUGACCCAAAUAAAGAUUCAGCGCCUGUGAGUUUAGUGAGUCGAGGAGCUGAAUGUGUGAUGAUAUCUAAAAAGUUUUUCGUGUCAAAUGCAAGAGAACCAACAAAAAGAUGGAUUCGUCAAAAUGUUUUACCAUAUCCUUCAAAAGAUAUUCUACAACAAAGCCUUCAACAGAAAGUGAAUUGGAAUGCAUACAAGUCUGAAAUCCUUCACAAAAUUAAACAAGCAGCUCUUUGAUGUUUAAUGUGCUCCAAGUUUUGCUUGUGAAUGU